GUCUUCUGCUAUAUUAUUAUAUUAAUCAUGUGCUAUAACUGCGUGUAUAUUUAUUAAUUUAUUCUUCCCUCUUAGACAAAAUAAACAAAAAUGAUUGAAGUGACUGAUCAAAAUUUUGAGGCAUUAUAUCCUAAAAUUGAAGAGACUUUAAAAAAUGCCACAUUUUUUUCAAUUGACACUGAAUUUAGCGGUGUAAAAACAGAUUUCUUCGUAAAAGAGAGCCUCUUUGAUUCGCCAAAUGAACGUUAUGAAAAAUUAAAGAAUAACAUUAAACCGUUUAUUAUUAUUCAAUUUGGUCUCACUGCAUUUCGACAUAUUCGUGAACAAAAUACAUAUAGUGCCGAGACAUUUAGUUUUUAUCUCUUACCUCGUUCAAUUCCAUCAAAAAAUAGACAUUUUGUCUGGCAAAUUUCAUCUCUGGAAUUUUUAUCCAUUUAUAACUUCGAUUUCAAUAAAUUUGCCUACGAUGGGAUAUCAUACUUAAAUGAAGAGGAUGAAGUCGAUUUGCAAAAUAAUUUACAACAGGAUAUUUUAAUGCAAAAUUUAGAACGAUUACUUUGCAAUCGUGAUGCAGAUGAUUUGAAAAAUUCUCGCAAUACAGUUGCUGAUUGGUUAAUUAAAAAGACUGAACCAUUUGAUGUAUUGGAAAUUAUUUCUGAAUCACCAUUUUUACAGUAUCUUAUGCAAAAAGAAUUUAGAAAUCAAUUUCAAGAUAUUUGGACGUAUUCUGGAAAGAAGAAAGUGAGUGUUAUUAAAGUAACGAAAGAACAAAGAAAAGAAUUUGAAUUAAGGGAAAAAGGAGAACUUGAGGAGAAAUUAUUGAAUUACUACAUUGGUUUUUCUAAAGUUUUUAAACUUCUUGUUGAUUUAAAAAAACCAAUUGUGGGACACAACAGUUUAGUUGACUUGAUGUAUAUGCAUCAACAAUUUUAUAAACCCUUACCAAAGAAAUACUCCACUUUCAAGAAGAAUAUUCAUCAACUUUUUCCAACAGUAUUCGAUACAAAAUAUAUCAGUUAUGAGCUAAAGAAAGUUUUACCAAAGGAAGAUAAAUUCUCAUCGAAUGCGCUCAGCACUUUGUAUUAUUAUUUUAAAAAUGAGAAGGGAAGAUUUCUCUCAUUACACUCGCCGAAUAUAAGAUCACAAACGUUUUUUAGAAAUGAUGAGGAUAAAUUUCAUGACGCAGGAUGGGAUUCGUAUUGCGCCGGAUUUUGUUUCAUAAAAUUGUCACAUGUAUUUGCUGCAAAUAAACGUGGAGAAGGCAGCCAAUACAAACCGAUGACUAAUAUUGAAAUUUUAAAUGGAGUAAAGUCAUUUAGCAAUUGUAUAAAUAUUAUUCGAGGAAAUGUACCGUUUUUGAAUUUUGGAGGACCUGAUCCAAUUUCAAGGAGACCUCAAUGGCUUGUUGUUCAAUCACAAGGUUCAAAAACAUUCUGCGUUUCUGAGAUUGCAGAAUUAUUUUCAUCGUAUGGUAGCGUUGACGUGAAAUCAUUUAAUUCACGCUAUGCUCUAGUUGCUGUCUCCAAUCAUCGUAGUGCUCGUGAUAUUUUGCAACACUUUCAAACACAUACGGAAAUUCAAAUUAAACCUUACAAUUCAUUUCGACAUUCCACUAAAGUGAAAAUUUUCUAUUGGUCCAGUUUAAUUAUUUCUGGAUGUAUCAUCACAAUGUGGUUGCAGCGAAGAUUUUAAUUCGAAAAAUUAAUUUAGAAGAAUUAGAAGAACUGCAGAAAAUGAAAGAUGUCGCCACUGCUGUCACAAGUCGUUUAAGAUGUAAUUUUAUGUUGUUUGAGAGAGAUAUGAGAAAAUUCAAAGACGCAAAGGAGCCGAAAUUUUGUGAGCGUUCUCCAAUAUUUCAAAAGUUUUCUCUGGCCAAGACCCAAGGCCAAAAUACUCAAAAAUAACGCAGCAGAGCAAGUUCGUGUGGGCGAAUGGAUAACCGUUCUAUCGGUCAGAUUGAUCGCUAAGGCAGGUGGGGUACUCAAGGCUCAAUCUGUCGCAGCGUAUCAUUUCUUCAACAAAGUGCAGAGGUCACGUGUGAAUACAUAUUCGCGAAAACUUUUUAUAUUCUAUUUUUCAGAAAAA